UUCAAUUAUCCAAUUCACAACAUCUACAAACACAAACUUUGUUCCAAAAAUUUUAAUUUCAAUUUCAAUGUCCAUACUUUCCUUUCUUGUAUUUUUGUUGGCACUUUUUUCAUUGGCACUUUUAGAUAAUUUAGUGGCUAUAGAAAAUAUUUGGUACCCGGCAUGGCCAGAUGACAGAAUUAAAGCUAAAUUUAAUCAAACUUUGCUUUUUGGGGCUUCUUUUGGGAAAUUGUUAACAGCAAUUGCUUGUUUAGGAAUGUCUGCUUUUGUGGAAUUUGAACACACACAAAUAGCUUUACGUCAAGACUAUUUUCGUCUAGUUUUGGACCAAUUAAGUUCUUUAUUUGGUAUUGGAAGUGCUUUUGUGGAUUUAUAUGCUAUUUACAAUAAAACACACAAAACUUUAAAUUUAAAGGUUAGCAUUGGACUUUCACUAAUAGUUGCAAUAUGGAGCCUCAAAUCAGUAGACAAUAAUUCCUUUCCUUUUUACAAAGAAGAUAUAAAUUCAUAUAGAAUAGCUUUUAGUGCUUCUCAAUCUUCAUUCUCUUCAAUAACUUCCCCUCAAUAUACAAUAGUUAUUGUCCAUGGAAUAUUAAUUAUUUUAAUGUCUAUAUUGUCUUUACUUUGUGCUUGUACUUGUAUAUUAGCUUCUUCUUGCUUGCGCGAGUCUGUGACAAAGAAAGGUGGAAAUGAUUUUGAUUUGGAUAUUACAAGAAAAACUAGAAUUCUUGCCUUUCUCUACUCUUUAUGGACAUUAUCGCUUUUGUGUUUACUAGGAAUAGGCCUAGCAGAGUUAUCCUGGACCGGGGACUAUAUUGGAGGUGAUCUUCUAUGGAUUGCCGUUCUUUUGUUUUGUACAGGAUUGUUAAAUACAAAUUAUAGACAAAGAAAUUCAAUAAUUAUCAAAUUUGUGUUAAAUUCUCUUUCCCUUUCCGUCUGUGCCGAAAAGGCAAUUUUAAGUUGCUGGCUAACAUUCCAAUCUUUUACCCACCAGGAUUAUGUAAACGAAAGGGUUUUUGAUAAAAGAAGUAGAUAUGGACAAUCAAUUCUUUUUGGAAUUCAAACAAUUAUUUUAUUUUUUGCUUUAAUUACUUCAAUUUAUGGAGUUUUUGUGUUUGGAAAUUUAUUGGGGAAACAAAAGAAUAAUGAAAGAAAAUAUGGGGUUUUACAUUUUUGUUGUUCACUAAGCGCACUUUUCUAUGCUUUUACAAUUAUUGGAAGUGAAAUAUUUUUUGAAAUAGAUAAAUGGUAUUGGGGGGAAGCUGUUUUAGAACAAAGCCAAUAUUAUCGGUUAGGUAAUGGAUUGUUGGGAUUUACUGUUUUUGUUAUUCAGAUUAUUUGUUUAAAAAAUUCUCAAUUUUUAUUGUCUGCAAUAUUAUUACAAAUUAUUUUGUCUUCUUUAGCUCUUUUUACACUCAAUUCAACAAUUACAAAUACUUAUUUUUUACAAAUUCUUUUUAAUGCCCGCGCUUCAAUUGGAUUUAAUAAUAAACAAAAAAUUAUUUUAAUUGUUGCUUUAUGCUUUGCUGGACUUUCAGCAAUUGCUUGUUCCUUACGAAUUAUUUUUGGAACUAUUUGUAUUUUACGUUGUUCUUAUCUUCUUCACCAUGGCAAGCCUAGAAGAAAUUCCCAACUUCCAUCAUUAAUUAGUUAUUGUACUACAAGCCCUAUUGACGAUAAUACUUUUAAUAGAGCAAUUCCUGGUUCUUCUUUUAUUAGCCCUCCUAGUCCAGAAUUACAUCAAUUUUCAAUACGCCCAAUAGAAGAACAAACACUUUAUUGGUCUGCUGAUGAGAACCCGUACAUUUACAAAUCAACAAAAAGAAUUUUUGGAGAACCCAUUUUUAAUGGUUUGCCCUACAAUAUUGACAAUUCUCAAGAAAAUGAAGGAAUUAAUAACGUUAAUUUACGUCCUUCAAAUCGAAGACAAGAAGAUAAAUUUUCUAGAGGAUUAGCACGAUUUUAUUCUAACACAAAUAUUACCGAUGCUACAAGAAGUACUCCUACUACUAGACUUUCAACUUCAAUUUCCCCUAUUUCGGAAAGAUAA